AUGCGAUUAAGGCCGCCGCCGGAGGAUCUUGCGCAAGUGCCGUCCAACCUACCGUCCUUCCUUGGUGAUAGCAUUGCCUCCAGACAAGUCCGAACCGCAUACAUCGCCCACACUGUAUCGAAGCUCAUCACUUUCCGUGUCUUUGGCCCAUUCCUGUUCAGUCUUGGACGCCGCUACGACAAAGCCGACUCUCUUUUCUCCUCGAUGAGCCACCACAUUCGCGAGAAGAGCACGCGCAAAGAAGCGAUUUGGCGACAACAAACACUCCUUGCUGCUUUUACCAGCACUGGCGCGAAGCAGCGCAUCAAUACUGCUGCCGGAACCGUUGUCGAGGAGAUCGUCAACGCUAUCCGACACUUUGCUGAUCCAAAAGAGGAGGAAGGCAUCAAGAUCGCCGUGAAGCGCAUCGUGAAGGUCGCUGCGGAGACAUGGAGAUUUGCUCGUCUCGAGCGAGAAAUGAUCACCGCCGUCAUGCCUGCGCUGCACGACGAAGAACAUCAAUUUACCAGCAACCAGUUCUGGCCAGCUUACAGCCCAGAAACAGGCUCAGCGACGGAUGACCCACCUCCUCCUGAUUCGCAACGACAAUUGCUACUCAGGAUCUUCCCGGUUGUAUACCGCGAAUCGAAGCACGAGAUCUUCCAGAACAACGAAGAGCAGCGUGACGAAGGCUGCAUUCUCCACCAUGGGCUGGCUCUGUAUGAUGAUGCAGAGCCAGUUGUGACGAGAAUGGAGGAGCUCAAAUCUGCUGGUUUGCCUCCCCAUACCACUGCAUUAACGAGUCCGACUGACGAGGGCAAGUUUCCGCCGCCGGUACGUAACACCACCCGCGUGUUCACCUUACCCCAGCGUUCCUAG